AUGGUUAUUGAUAACCUCCAUGCCGACCAAACACCAGAGUCGUCGCCAACAACAUCUUUCACCGGAGCAACGGGUCGCCAAGAUCUCGAAGGGACUCGUAACAAACGUAAAGCCCAGGCGCAGACCCAAGUAGCUCGCGAACAGCCCCACAGACACUUUCAGCGAAACGUUUCAAAAACCAAGCUAACUUACGUACAGCACCACUUGCCCGUCACGAAUGUCGUCAACGAGAACGUGAUCAGGCGAUUGAAUUUCGUAUCUCUGGCAAAGCGGCGGCACGCCACGGGUUGGGCUAUCAUUCAGCUGAUUAUCAAUCCGUUGUCGAACAGUCGUCUCCUGCUUCAGCACCACCAUCGCUGCAAGAGCUCAUUCAUGCUCAACACGAGUGGAACAGAACCCUCACGGGCAAGAGACUUUGGAAAAUCAUUGAGUACCCAUGAACUCCAAAUUGACAAUCAGCACCAGAACCAACAGUUUCAACAGAAGGCCUUGAGGCCAAUGACCACGGAGCAACAAGCUCCAACGAGUACGCAUACAGAUAGUACAACGGUCAGAUCGCAGAAAUUAGUCCCAGUAAAGACCCUGCCGCCGACCAAAGAGCAUCCCGGCCGACCGAAGAGCAUCCCGGCCGACCGCCAGAAUUUGCUUGCUCGGAUGUUGCGGCUGCCGGAAGAGUUAUGUAAGGCAGUGGAGAAGGAUAGUCUUAUACGGGUAGAGGCUCUACGAGGUGUCUUGGAAACGUUGAGAGCGACGCAUGAGCCACGACCAGUGGGAAGAAGGAAUCGUGUGAACACCUCAGUCGGCCAGAAUGGCCGUCGAAUCGGUACCAAAUCAGUAAUAUCAGUAAUUUAUUAG